UUGUCCCAGUGAGCAGAAUGGCCGGCGGUGCGUGGAGGUCAAUGCUGUCCCAGGUGGUGGGGGGUGCGGUGAGGAGACCGGCUCUGUCCUCAGCUUCCUUUUCCAGAGGGAUGCAGACGGUCACUCUGAUUCCGGGCGACGGGAUUGGACCAGAGAUCUCCGCGUCUGUGAUGAAGAUCUUCGAGGCGGCUAAGGCUCCGAUCAGCUGGGAGGAACGCAACGUGACGGCCAUUAAGGGACCGGGGGGGCGGUGGAUGAUUCCUGCUGACGCUAAGGAGUCGAUGGACAAGAGCAAGAUCGGACUGAAGGGACCCCUGAAGACCCCCAUCGCUGCAGGUCACCCCUCCAUGAACCUGCUGCUCAGGAAGACCUUUGACCUCUACGCCAACGUGCGCCCCUGCGUCUCCAUCGAGGGCUACAAGACCCCGUACACCGACGUGAACCUGGUGACCAUCAGAGAGAACACCGAGGGCGAGUACAGCGGCAUCGAACACGUGAUCGUGGACGGCGUGGUCCAGAGCAUCAAGCUGAUCACUGAGGACGCCAGCAGACGCAUCGCUGAGUACGCCUUCGAGUACGCCCGGAACAACCAGAGGAGCAGCGUGACGGCCGUCCACAAGGCCAACAUCAUGCGGAUGUCCGAUGGUCUGUUUCUCAGGAAGUGUCGUGAGGUUGCAGAAACCUUCAAAGACAUCAAGUUCACUGAGAUGUACCUGGACACAGUUUGUCUCAAUAUGGUUCAGGACCCGACCCAGUUCGACGUCCUGGUGAUGCCGAACCUGUACGGAGACAUCCUGAGUGACCUGUGUGCCGGGCUGAUCGGAGGACUCGGGGUCACGCCCAGCGGGAACAUCGGCGCCAACGGAGUCGCCAUAUUUGAAUCGGUCCACGGCACCGCCCCCGACAUCGCCGGGCUGGACAUGGCGAACCCCACCGCCCUGCUGCUCAGCGCCGUCAUGAUGCUGCGUCACAUGGGGCUGCACGCCUACGGAAACAAGAUCCAGACGGCGUGCUUCGACACCAUCAGGGACAAGAAGGUUCUCACCGGAGACCUCGGAGGAAACUCAAAGUGUUCCGAGUUCACAGAAGAGAUCUGCCGACGCGUUAAGGAUCUGGAGUAAGAGGCUCCGCCCACCAGAACCAGCUCCAUCACAGGCCCCGCCCCUUGUCCCCCCCCUGCUCCCCCCCGCUGGCUGGUUGUGUCUCUGCCGCGGGCGAUUGGCGGUUUCACCUGUUUACCUGUUUGUACCUGUGAUGAUAAUGUGGAGGGGGCGGGGCUUCUGCAGGAAGCUGUGUGGGUCACAUGAUGAAACAUUCUCCGAAACACGCACAAGUUUGACUUGACCAACUCUGAAAUGAGGAAUUUCAGUAACAAUCACGAUUAUAAUAUUGAUAUCUUUAAUCUGCCUCUGUCGUCCUGACACUCCGCAUAUUUACUAUUUUUUUAACUCUGCUGCAGUUUGACUUAUUUAUUGUUUCUACUUCCUGUUACCGUGGAGCUGCUCAGUUCAGGUUCACGCAGAAAUAUGAACUUUAUAUAUGAAAGAUGUUUCAUAUCAACUGAAGCGUCGCUGCUUUAACGCGUUCACUCUCAAAUAAAAAGGGCUUUUCAAACACUGCA